AUGCUUCCCCGUUCAUAUUACACGGAACAAGAUAUAAGGAAGCGACAGAUUGAUACAUUAAAAAUAUUUAACGACAAUGUCACCGAGAUUGUAGAAAAUACGGAAUAUAAAGUCGAUUUUUCCGCUAACGGGCACAACUUGAAUCUUACAGUGCUUCUUAACCCUGAAUUUCCUAAUGAGAAGCCUAACAUAUUCGUUAGCCCUGUUUUUCCUCAUCCGUGGCUCGCAGAGAACUCAAACCAAGUGAUUGGUGCACCGGGAUUGGUAAAUUAUAGUCCACAUUCUGAUCUAGGGCGUGUUGUUCAAGUUAUUAUACGUGAAUUUCAGCGUUCAGCACCUAAUUUAUACGGUCACGAAGAUAAAUCCACAGAUACAAGCCCAAUGUCACACUACAGCAACCAAUCGAUGAUGUUUCCGGAGUUGAAUGAGCUUUCUAUUGAGGAAUUACAGGAGAUCAUUGAAAACCCUGAUUUACAGGAUAAAUUACUAGAGACCAAUCCACAGUUGAUUGAGCUAGAUCUUGAAACGGAAGAACUUAUGGCGAGCAUUGAACAAAUAGCUCAGGAUAAUAUAAAUAAACAACAGAUGCUCGACGAUUUAAAGACCCAGGUCCUCGAUCGUAUUUCAACCAUUGUGCAGAUGAAGAUGAGCUACGAGAGAUUGAAUCGUCAACACCAGAAGUUAUCCGAGAUUUAUGAUCCUCAUAGAAUACGUGAAUGUUUAAAAGAGGCGGCAUUGAAGGCCGAUGAGGAUGCCGAGGGGAUUGCGGAGCAGUUCUUAUUGGGUAAUAUACCGAUAGAAACUUUUAUAUCCCAGUUUGCGGAGAAACGAGCUUUGGGUCAAGCGAGACGAGCGAGGGAGGAAAGGCUAACACAUCAACUUGCACAAUUAGAUAAAGCUACAAUAUAA